ACCGGGAGGAGGCAGGGUGCCGCUCCUGGCAUGGCUGAGGCCGGGGACACCCCCGGUCGCCAAAGCCCCAGCCCAAGGAAGGUGGGGAUGAAGAGGAGGAAGAUGGAGGUGCUGGCAGCUUAGAAAGGCAGCUCCACCUUGGAUUGCGUCAAGAGAAGCGUUGGGCGGCAGGGCCAGGGAGGGGAUUCUGCCCCUCUGCACCGCUGUGCUGUAGAUGAAUUCUGAAGCUGGACAGGAGGAUGAACAGGCUGAGACUGCCCAGAUGAUACAAGCCCCUCCAGGAAACCUUGCCAUCAAAUGCUGUUGUUGGUGCCUACUUUUUUUGGGUGUAUUUCUGGUGCUGCUUGUCAUAGCUGUAAGCUUUAUACCUUAUUACAGAAAAUCUCCUUGUGAACAGUGCCCCAGUGAGUGGAUAGGUUACAAAAGGAAAUGCUAUUUCAUCUCAGAGAAGGAAGAAAACUGGACAUCGAGUCAGACCUUCUGUGCUAGGAAUGAAUCCUUGCUAGCUGUUUUUGAAAACCAGGAAGAAAUGCAUUCUUUAGCUAAGCAUUUGAAAAUAGAUGACUUCUGGAUUGGAUUGCGCAAGAAAGGUGAAAGCUUCUUCUGGGAGAAUGGUGUUGCCUUCAAGGUGGACUCGUUCCAGAUGCGGAAUCACUCUGAGUGUGCCUACUUGGAUGCCUUCAUCAUUUCUACAUCAGCCUGCUCUUUGCCCAGGCACUGGAUCUGUUUCCAGUUUUCUAAAUGAGUGACUUAGGUUUUCAUUUGAUACUGACAGUUAAGACAUACACAUUAUACAGACAGUUUGGAUAGAUGGCAGGCCUGCUACAGCCACACUAUCUCAGACCAUGUGGAAGCCUAAAUCGGAGAGAAGUUUUCCUGUGGGCUUUCAUAUUAAUAUUUACUGAGUUUGUUCAUGCUACGAUUUUAGCUUGUUCAAAGAAGGAACAGACACCCCCCAUGCCUGCAUAGAGAGGUGUCCUGGGUUGAGAGACACAGGACUAACUUUUCUUCUAAUGCCGGUGAAAAUUGCACUUUUAGAAGACUCUAGUGCCUGAAUAUGUGAAAAUAUUUACUUUAUAGCCAGCCAGGCUCUGUGGGA